UGGUGGUGGUGGUGGUGGUGGUGCGAAAGCGUGACAAAGUCGCGAAGGCUUUUUUUUCCCCGCCAAUUCUCGAUUAUUGUCAACGACACAUAAUCGUUGGCGAACAAGUUCUCCUGCAUUGUGAGUGGAAACAUUGUCAUUAGGCGCCAACCUUCAUUGUUGGCGGCUCACUUUCAACCAAGCUCUCUAGCCACAGCCAUUCUCUAUGCCGAUCAACGCUUGCUCCCGCAUGCGUCUCGCGGUGCUGAUGGCCGUGGUCGCCCUAGUCACACUCGCUGCUGGUGUGCAAGUGCCGUGCGACUCGGCGUUGCAGCCGUCGCAGCAGGUCAUCUCGGGCUCAAUCGACUCGGCUGCGAGCAUGGCUGUCAUUGAUUGCGACAAGGAUGUGCCGCCGCCGCCUGGCCCGCUCGGUGCCGGGCUCGAUUUCAACGACGUUGUCGUCGCGGGCUACGACUCGUGGCAAGUCGAGUGGAUCCAGAACACAGGCGUCGGACUCGGCUGGGUCAAGAGGCCCAACUCGAAGAUUGCCGACAUGAGGAAUGCUCGCUUCGUGUACGCCAUCGCCACCUCGACCCUCAGCGCAGUGCCAAGUCUGGUGGCGUGCAACGGGUACCUUGGCGAGCAAGUUGGCGACUUUGCCCACUGGUGCUCGCACUUUGUCGGCGACAACAGCGGCAACUUUGCCGAGACGGUCUUUGCGUCGAACAUGCGGCGACUGCUGCAUGUCGACCACGCUGAUGUGAGCGGCGACAGUUUCAGCGACGUGGUGACACUAGAAGGACCGUCACUCUCCCCGUAUGGCACUAGUUUUCGGUUCACGGCCUUUACCGACAACGGCGCUGGCGGCUAUAGCACGACUAAGAACGUGCUCGGCGAUUCGGGAUCGGUGCCGGGGCUUUUUGGCGCGACGACGUUUGCGCUUGGUGACGUGACCGGCGACUCACAGACUGACAUUGUGUACGGCACGUAUGGCGGCGCCAACUUGCUCGCGUACCUGCCAUGGAGCUCAUCGCUCACCUUUGGCGCACCAGUGCCGAUCCUCGGCUCUGGCGUCGGACUCACACUCUCGGUGCAGGUUGGCGAUUUCGACGGCGACGGAGAUACCGAUGUUGUUCAUUGCAACGCGGCGAGCGAGCUGCGGUGGUUUGAGAACACCGCCGGCGACGGAACGACGUGGACGGCGCGGGCCUUCCCGUUCGAGCUCCCAGUCUCGUACAUGUACGUCAACGACGUCGACAACGACGGCGACCUGGACCUGGUGCUGUCGUCGCAGAACGUGAACAAUCUGUUCUGGGUGGCGAACCGGUACGACAGCGGGGGAGCAGGGCGGACCAAGGACGAGGCGUGGGGCGUGCUCCGCUCGAUUGCGCUCUGCAACGGGUGCGGAACUGUGACAAUGGGCGACCUCGAUACCGAUGGCGACGACGACAUUGUGGCCGCGGCUUCGUUUGUCGACACGGUUUCCGGCUACCUUCUCAACCCGCUCGACCCGCUGCAGUACUCGUUUGUGGCGGCCGGGCUUGGGGCACCGGGCAUGAUCCGCCCGUUCGACGCCGACGGUGAUGGCGACACCGACGUUGUGGCUGCGAUUGGUUCGCCGGACAACGGCGUGUUUCUCUUCCAGAACAGCGACGGGCUUGGUGGCGCAUGGGCAACGCCAACUCGUGUCGGCGGUCCCCUUUUCGAGCCUGAGACGGCGAUCGCGGUCGACCUUGACCUGGAUGGCGACGCCGAUGUUGUUGCCUCGUCUGCUACCAACAGCACCCUGGUCUACGCCGUCAACAACGGCGGAAUCUUUGAGAUCAGCUCGUGGAGCGGUGAGAUCUCGACGUCGACUGCCGCGUUGGUGGUCGCCGCAGUCGACGUCGAGAUUGAUGGCGACAUGGACUUGGUCGGCAUCGACGAGCCGGAUGCCGUCUUUCUCGUCAAGAACAUGUUUGUCGAGACGGGGACGCUCUCGUUUGGCCCUGUGACGACAUUGUACUCCAACGCCGGAAGCGACCUGGUGUACAUGCUGGUGCGCGAUCUUAACGACGACGGCUACGGCGAUGUGGUGUUCUCGGACACGGGGACUAGCUCGAUCAAGUGGCUGGUCAAUGACAACGGCGGGUACCCUUCUCCGCCGCUGACGCUGCGGACCAGUGCGCAACAGGUUGGCGAGUUUGUGCUUGGCGACCUCACUGGCGACGGGCUGCUCGACCUUGUGUUCCACACGCGCGGGACGCCAAAUCCAUUUGCGAGCAAGUACUCGCUGUCGCGGGCGAACAACGUCGGAAGCGCGUCGUCGCCGGUCUUCCUCACUCCCCAACCUGUUGACUCACAGAUCUCACUGUUUGUCGAGUCGGACCAGACCAAUGUUGGACUCACGAUUGCUGACAUCGACGGCGACAACGUGAUGGACAUUGUGGUGGAGGGCUCGUUUGCAUCUGUCAUUGUGUACUUUCCUGGUCCCACCUACGCGCCUCGCCCUGUGUCAGUGACUAACCCCGACGUGAGCAUGCGGUUUGUGCUCAGCGACUUUAAUCUCGACGGCGCGGUCGACUUUCUCAUCGGCCUCUCCUCGCAGAUUGGGUGGAUUCCGGGCCUCUCGAUCUUUUCGCCCGAGCUCCCACGACCUGGGGUGACACGAACGGUCCAGGUUGCAAAGUGCGGGUACACUAUGUCGUGCGUGGCCGCGACACUGCUGGAGGCGUCGGGAUGUGCGACAACGACGGUGGUGAUGCCUACCGGUCUGUACCGCGGAUGCUUCUCAGCGAAGCUGUUCCCGCUCUUCAAGUCUGUGACGAUCCUCGGGAUGGACUCAACGAUUGACUGCAGCGCCGACGGCGGCGGUGGCCUGUUUGACAUCCGCGAGGGUGCCGUGGUGUCACUGCAGGACCUGACGAUCAUUGGGGCGGUGUCUAUCCCGUCGGACGCCGAGUCGGUGGCGGCCAUUCGUGUGACCGGCACCGGCUCAUCGCUAGCGCUGAGCGACGUGACGCUGCGUGGAUGCUCGAAUAGGCUGGCUGAAGACCGGACAGUGUUCCAGGUCAAUGCCGGCAUGGGCGGCGCGGUGCUUGUUGAGCUUGGGGCGUCGAUCACCGCUCUGCGGACGGUGUUUGAGCAGAACGUGGCCGGUGACUCUGGCGGUGGGCUGGCGGUCAUUGGAUCGGCGUCGAGUGUGAGCCUGACAGACGUCACCUUUGAUUCCAACACGGCGACGGGCUCGGGCGGCGGCUUGCUGAUUCUUGGAUCGGGCUCGGGGAGCGUUGCGGUGACGAUGUCAGGCGUAACACUGACCAACAAUGUGGCAAACGGCGGGACCGAGGGCUACGGCUCGGGCUCGGGCGGCGGCGCGCUGCUCAUAUCCGAGUCGACCACACUUGUGCUUGAUGUCGACUGGAGUGGUGGAUCGAGCACAAUCUCGGGCAACUCGGCGAGCGGAGCUGGAGGCGGACUGGCGGUGGUCGGGCCAGCGGUGGAUGUGACUGUUGACGCACCGGUUGUGGUGAGCGGCAAUACCGGUGUGUGGGGUGGUGGCGUGACUGUGUUUGCGACAGUCGAUGCGCUACCGAGCCCGGCGGCAUCUUCCAGCCUGGCGGCGGCGCCGGCGGCGGGUGACGUGUCCGGAGCCGCGGUCUUUAACGGAGCGAUGACAAUGACCGACAACAGCGCGAGCUACGGCGGCUCGUUGGCACUUUGCGGAGUGCCUGUCAGCUUGAGCGCAGCCGCAAGCUCGAGCGUGAGCGGCAGCAGCGCGAGCCGCAGCGGCGGUGGCGUGUUUGUCUGCUUGCCAGCGGGCACGCUGCCACUUGCGGACGCGGACAACCCUCCGGCGGCGCGUUCGAUUGAGGAUAUACCGUGGCUUGCACUUGGCGGCGGGGUGCUGCCGUCGGCGCUGUUCAGCGGGUCAGUUGCGAGUGGGUUUGGCCCCAUUGUUGCUUCGCCGCCGCGGACACUGGCGUGGAGCGGGAGCGGGGCGCGGAGUCUCGGCCCGCUCGACCGCGCGACAGGCUUCAGCCUCGGUACCGAGGCCGCCGUCGGCCUUGCGGACGUGUUCGGACAGACGGUAAUUGAUGCCGGUAUUCGCCUCUCGAUGGGCGUGCCGUUGAGUGCCCCGGGCGGCGUGGUGCUUGCCGGCGGCGAUCGGUCGCGGCUGAUGGACGGGGCGGUAGUCUCGUUUGCAACGGUCAAGGCACUCGCGGUCGACAGCAACGCGCUGGACGGACUCAGCUCGGUGACGUACCCGCUCGAAGUGAGUGUGGCCAACGCACCGACCGUGGCAAAGGUGACGCUGACGGUGCAGAUCCGGUCGUGCGGACUCGGCGAGGGCCUUGUCUCGCCUAGCGGGCUCCCGCUCGAGUGCACCGUGUGCUCGGAAGGCACGUUCUCGAAUGCGGUAUCGCUGGAGGCAUGCGUGGCGUGUCCGGUGGGUGCGUUCAACCUCAAGAAGGGGGCAACGUCGUGCGAGUCAUGUCCAGCGAACGCGUUCCGCGAUGUCGAGAGCAACAACGCGACGUCUGCGGGGAGCACUGUGCCGUGCGUGUGCAAGGUAGGAUUCUUUGCGCUAGGGUACGGCAAGCGCGGGUGCGCCGAGUGCGUGAGCGGGUACUUUAGGCUAGGCGAGCGAUGCCUCAAGUGCGCCAAUACGAGCGAGCUUGUGCUGCUGCUGAUGGUUGUGGCGGCAUUUGCGCUUGUGGCCUUGUUGGUGUAUCUCAACACGCGGACGUCGCUGUCGUACAAGUUUGCAGCGGCAAUGAUUGGGCUCAACUCGCUGCAGAUCACGGCUAUCUACGCAAACCUAUCGCUGGACUGGGGUAAGUUUGCUCAGACGUACUUUGGCAUCAUCUCGUUUGUCAACCUCAACUUUGACCUCGCGUCGCCCGAGUGCACGUCGUCGUCUAUGGACGUGUACAUGUUCAAGUGGUGGACAACGAUGCUGCUGCCUGUCCUGUUCUUGGUGCCGUUUGGGGUUGUGGGCGGGGUGGCGGCAAUGAUCAUCUCGAUGCGGAACAAGAAGGCCGAGGCGCGGGCACUGGCGAAUGAGAGCUGCGAAAUGGACGAGGCGAGUGGGAGCGAGCCGCUGACGAUUGGGGCGCUGAAGGAUGCGAUUGUGCGGUCGUACUACCAGCUGUUGGUGCUGCUGUACCUGCCACUUACAUCGAUGGCGCUGACGUACUUUGGGUGCCGCAAGGAGCGUGACGGGACGUGGGUCCUCGACACGGCGCCGUCGCGAACAUGCUUCAACUCACCGUAUUGGGCGGUCUUUCCUUUUGCAGUCGUCUUUUUCGUCAUCUACUGCAUGGCGAUUCCGCUGGGAGUGUUCUGGCUCCUGCGGCGGAAGCACUCUGACGCCAGCGAGGGCGACGGAAUGGGCCUGGUGGUCUUCCAGCUCCGGUACGGGUUCCUUGUGGGCCGGUUCCGCGACGAGCAGUACUACUUUGAGUGCAACAUCAUGCUACGCAAGUUUGCGGUUGUAUUUGUGACGACGUUCUUCUUUGCGGCCGAGGCCAAGGCGAACGCGGCAGUGUUUGCGCUCGCCGGCUCGCUUGUCCAGCUUGUACUCACACAGCCGUACCUGGCCAAGUUCCACAAUGUGCUCGCGGUGACAUGCCUCACAUCGUGUUUGGCAGUGCUGGAAGGAGGCACAUUCCGCAACGGGACGAUGCGUGCGCUGGUUGUUGUGACGGCGAUCCUCAUCAACAUCCUCGCCAUCUUUGUGGGCAACGCUAUUGACCUCUGGCGGAUCCGGGGCAAAGAGGCAAAGGCCGAUGAUGAGUUCUACACGACAGGUACGUUCCGCAUGGCAUCCGACGCCUCACUAGUCGACGACGUGGCACGGUCGCGCGAGGCCGAAGCGUCGAUGGAGAUGGACACGAUGCUGUCGAUCCAGGGCGGUGCGGGGAGCCUGCAGACGGUCGGGACUGGGCCAGUCGGAUCGGCUCGCACGGAUGACUUGCCGACAGCGACGUCGUCGGCCGGCGCGCAGAGCAUGAUGAUGUCGUCGGACCUGUCGACAAUGGGGUACUCGUCGAUGAUUGGGUCGCAGCAGCAGCCCGAUUCGGUGAUGCUCACGCCGCCGCCGCCGGUGCCGGCGCAGCCAGCCAGCUCGACGCAGCCGCGGCGUGUGUCGGCGGCGCCCAUACCCGCGCCGCCGGUGCCGUCUGUGACGGCGGCGACGCCGAUGCCGAUGCCGGCAGCGGCAGCACCGGCCCGGCCGGCGAAGAAGCCACAGCUCCCGCCGGCGCGUCCGAGCCACAAGCCGCAGCUCCCGCCGAGCGAGGUGCCGGCGCCCGCGUCCGUACCCACGCCCGCGCCCACGCCCGCGCCCGCGCCCGCACCUCCACCGGUGCGGCCGGCGCGGCCGGCGCGGCCUGGCGCGGCGCCAUCGCGGCCUGUCCGGCCGUCGCACAUCAACGUUAACGUAGAGAAGGAGGAGUAACACUAGUUGCGGCCAGGGCG